GACUGGAAAACACGUGACGCGGAAAACAAACUAUCAGGGCGUAAAGUCCACAGGCUACAGCAGGUCGACCGUGUGAAAACACAUUGUCCUAAAGAAGUCCUUCUCCUAUGUAGUCUUAUCAUAAUGGAGAUUCAAGUAUUUACCAUAGAUGCCUUUUCUAAUCUACCGUUCAGGGGAAAUCCCGCCGCAAUUUGUCCACUUAAGCAUGAACUGACAGAUGACUUGUAUCAGAAGAUAGCCGCAGAGAUGAACCUGUCAGAAACAGCUUUCAUCACCUGCAUCAACCCCUCUGACAAUUUCACCACAGGAUCAAGGUUCCGACUGCGAUGGUUCACACCAACGACUGAAGUGAAUCUGUGCGGUCAUGCAACUCUAGCCUCUGCAGCAGUGCUGUUCAAACAUAAGGAGAAUGUGAAUCCCAAACUGGUGUUUGAGACGAGGAGUGGAGAUCUGGCUGUCACGCUGCAGGGGGAAGGGUACGUUAUGGACUUUCCUCUCAACCCGCCCACAAAGCAGGAUGCCAGUAGCUUCAAAGACAUCUUAAAGGCUUCAGUCGCAAAGCACCCGAUCCAGGACGUGCAGCUGUGCUCCAUCACUAAGAAACUGUUGGUUCGACUGUCUGACAGCUGUGAAAGGUCAGUGCUAACCAGUCUGAAGGUUGACGCUGUUGCUCUUCAGAACAGUGAGACGAGUGGAAGAGUGAAAGGACUAAUCCUCACCAUGAGAGGAUCCCCAGACUGCCAGCCAGGAUACGACUUCUACUCCAGAUACUUUGCUCCAUGGUACGGCAUCGCUGAAGAUCCUGUUACUGGUUCCGCCCACACCGUGCUGGGUGGCUACUGGUCUAAGGAACUAGGAAAGAAGAAAAUGCUGGCUUACCAGUGCUCCAGUCGAGGGGGGGAGCUGGAACUAGAAGUGAAAGACGACGGAAGAAUCAACAUCGCUGGACAGGCCGUCACGGUGCUGCAGGGAACAAUCACACUAUAGCCACAUGCUAACGAGCUGGGGGUGACGGGACAAGUCAUUAUGUGCCAGCACAGAGAACCAGACACAGGAUAUGUAUGAUUUCAUAAAAGUAACAAGACGGGAUUUAAAUAAAAAAGCUAAAUUAAA